CCUCAGAGACUGACCUCGUUGCUUCCCAAACACCAUUUGAAGUUUCCCACAGUGAAUCAGACAGCAUAUCUUCAACAGGCAGCAGCAGUCCCGAGGCAGAACCCAGUUCAGCCCUUCCAACGGUGACUGUCCCAGUUGAGGUACUCACCAUGGCCACCUCCCCGGUCACUAGUUCUGGGAAGGAACGCGGUACGACUUUUUCAACUGGGACUCUUAACACUGAGGAAUCAGAUCCAAAGAUCUCCUCAGUCACCCGUCCUGCAGAGUCCAGCUCAACUGUCCCCAGGGCAGGCAGCAGUGCUUCCCACAGUGACUCGGACAGCACUGCCCCAACAGUCCCCAGUCUUGGCACAGGCGCCAGUCCAGCUGGUACCAAUACACCUGUGUCGUCUGGGGCACCAGGGCUGCUGACCUCACAGGUUCCUAGUUCUGAGACAGUUGCCAGUGCGGUUACUCCACCUCUGACUCUUUCUCCUCAUGAACCGGCCAACACAGCCUCAGGGGUGACUCACCCUGCAGCCCGGACUCUGUCAGCCCAACCAACUCAGACGGACUCCCCUGAUGUUUCAGGAGCACCGAGCUCAGUCGCCACCAGUUCUGGGGCAGAGACCACUCCACCUUUUCCAACGCUGACCGAUUUCCCACAUGAACUAGACACCACAGAAGCCAGUUCAGCUGUUCCAACCCUGACUGCAUCCCCCGAGGAUCCAGGUGCAAGCGUCUCUUUGGUCACCCAGUCCUCAGACACCAGCCCAUCUUUUCCCAAAGGCACUUCCAGUGUGUCCAGCAGUGCAUCAGACAGCGCACCCUCGAUGGCCACUGGUGCUGCUGUGGAAGCUGUUUCAACUCUUCCAGGGAGGACCGUCAAGACUGUGGUACCAGGGGUGGUGACCUCACGGGUCACUAGUUCUGGGGCAGAGACCACCACCACUGCUUCAACUUUGACCACCGACCAAGGUCAUCCGGAGAACACAGCCUCCUGGGCCACACACUUGGAAACGGAAGCCAGGUCAGCUGUUCCAACUCUGACCGAGUCCCCUCCUGAGGCAGGUGCAACAGUCUCCUCGGUUUCCCGACCUGGGGCACAGACCACUUCAAUCAUUUCCACUUUGGCCCUUUCCCCUGCUGUAUCAGGGGUGCACUUCUCACAGGUAAGCAGUUCUAGGGCAGAGACUGCUACAACUCUUCCAACUCUGACCGAUUCCACACCUGAACCAGAGACAGCAGCCUCGUGGGGCACCCAUCCUGAAGCAGAAGCCAGUUCCAUUGUUCCAACUGUGACUGUUUCUUCUCAUGAGCCAGACACCACAGCCUCACGGGUCCACUCGGCAAAGACCAGCUCCUCGGUUUCCAGAAAGAAGCCAACUUUUCCCCCUGGUGAGUUAGACAGCAUAUCUUCAACGGCCACCAGUUCUGGAACAGAAGCCAGUUCAGCCCUUCCAGCAGUGACUCUCCCACUUGAUGUACUCACCACGGGCUCCUCCCCGGUCACCAGUUCUGGGACACAAGGCCACAGGACUUUCUCAACUGGCACCGAGUCCCUGCAUGAGUCAGAUACGACAGUCUCUUUGGUCGCCCGUCAUGCAGAGUCCAGCACAUUUUUGUCCAAAAGCACUUCCAGUGUGUCCCACAGUGAGUCAGACAGUGCACCCUCGAUGGCCAGUAGUCCUGGGGCAGAAGCCAGUUCAGCUCUUCCCGGUAAGACUGUCAAAACUGUUGCACCAGGGGUGGUGACCUCCCGGGCCACCAGUUCUGGGGUAGAGACUGGCACAACUGCUGCAACUUUGACUGCUUCCCAACUUCACCUGAAGACCACGGCCUCAUGGGCCACCCAGUCUGACACGGAAGCAAGGUCAGCUGAUCCAACUCUGACUCUGUCCCCUCCUGAGCCAGGCACAACAGUGUCCCUGGUCACCCGUCCCUCAGAGACUGACCUCGUUGCUUCCCAAACACCGUUUGAAGUUUCCCACAGUGAAUCAGACAGCAUAUCUUCAACAGGCAGCAGCAGUCCCGAGGCAGAAGCCAGUUCAGCCCUUCCAACGGUGACUGUCCCGUUUCAUGUGCUCACCAUGGCCACCUCCCCGGUCACUAGUUCUGGGAAGGAACGCGGUACGACUUUUUCAACUCAGACUCUUAACCCUGAGGAAUCAGAUCCAAAGAUCUCCUCAGUCACCCGUCCUGCAGAGCCCAGCUCAACUGUCCCCAGGUUGGGCAGCAGUGCUUCCCACAGUGUCUCGGACAGCACUACCCCAACAGUCCCCAGUCUUGGCACAGGCGCCAGUCCAGCUGGUCCCAAUACACCUGUGUCGUCUGGGGCACCAGGGCUGCUGACCUCACAGGUUCCUAGUUCUGAGACAGUUGCCAGUGGGGUUACUCCACCUCUGACUCUUUCUCCUCAUGAACUGGCCACCACAGCCUCAGGGGUGACUCACCCUGCAGCCCGGACUCUGUCAGCCCAACCAACUCAGACGGACUCCCCUGAUGUUUCAGGAGCACCGAGCUCAGUCGCCACCAGUUCUGGGGCAGAGACCACUCCACCUUUUCCAACGCUGACCGAUUUCCCACAUGAACUAGACACCACAGAAGCCAGUUCAGCUGUUCCAACCCUGACUGCAUCCCCCGAGGAUCCAGGUGCAAGCGUCUCUUUGGUCACCCAGUCCUCAGACACCAGCCCAUCUUUUCCCAAAGGCACUUCCAGUGUGUCCAGCAGUGCAUCAGACAGUGCACCCUCGAUGGCCACUGGUGCUGCUGUGGAAGCUGUUUCAACUCUUCCAGGGAGGACCUUCAAGACUGUGGUACCAGGGGUGGUGACCUCACGGGUCACUAGUUCUGGGGCAGAGACCACCACCACUGCUUCAACUUUGACCACCGACCAAGGUCAUCCGGAGAACACAGCCUCCUGGGCCACGCACUUGGAAACGGAAGCCAGGUCAGCUGUUCCAACUCUGACCGAGUCCCCUCCUGAGGCAGGUGCAACAGUCUCCUCGGUUUCCCGACCUGGGGCACAGACCACUUCAAUCAUUUCCACUUUGGCCCUUUCCCCUGCUGUAUCAGGGGUGCACUUCUCACAGGUAAGCAGUUCUAGGGCAGAGACUGCUACAACUCUUCCAACUCUGACCGAUUCCACACCUGAACCAGAGACAGCAGCCUCGUGGGGCACCCAUCCUGCAGCAGAAGCCAGUUCCAUUGUUCCAACUGUGACUGUUUCUUCUCCUGAGCCAGACACCACAGCCUCACGGGUCCACUCGGCAAAGACCAGCUCCUCGGUUUCCAGAAAGAAGCCAACUUUUCCCCCCUGGUGA